AUGUCGCCCAACACCACCAGCCCCGAAGAAUCAGCAACAACACCUCCCAAACUUUUUCAUACAGGAAAGGUCUUGCGAGAAAGGAGUAGUAGCAGGCAUCAUUCCGAAACAUUGUCUUCGAAAUGGCCAUACCCUCCCUCUAAAUCAUCGAGAUGUUCAACGAGCGCAAAUACGGACGCGAAUACACAUGAAGAUCAUUCUUCUUCUUCGUUGCAAGAAUUGGAACAUAAUUCAGAAUCAAAUCAUUCCGAAGAGGGCUAUUGGAGUAUGAGAACUCGUAAAUUAAUUUCUCAACAUCAAUCCAUGAGCAAAACGAAUACUGAAAUAUAUGGACGAGUCGCGAUGAAGCAACAACACAUGGAGCUUUCCAAUUCUUCUUCUCGUAAACCUUCAAUCACAAUAACGCCUUCCACAACUAGCUGUGCUAGCCAUGAAGAAAGCAAAUCUCCUCCCGUUCAAAUCAAUGCUCAAUUAUUCAAAGGCUUAGUCUUCUUUUUCAACAGCAUUCGAGGCGAAGGAAUUCAUUCUCAAUUUCAUUUAACCAAGCUGGCUAGUAUUCAUGGUGCAACAGUGUUACCAAACCCUUCACGAAAAAGAAAGCUUACACAUGUGAUAGCAUCCAACCUUCCAAAUAGUAAGGUUGAACGAAUGGAGAAAAAGAAACACAUUACAAAUACUCAUGUUAAAUAUGUUAAUCCUCAAUGGAUUAAGGAUUGUAUUUCACAGAAUAGAGUUUUACCUGAAGCAAAGUAUUUGUUAACAAACAAUGAAAAUGGUCAGAAAAAGAUAAUGUAA